AUGCCCAACUCCAGGCCCAACUCCAGCCCCAACUCCAGGCCCAACUCCAGCCCCAACUCCAGCCCCAACUCCAGCCCCAACUCCAGCCCCAGCUCCAGCCCCAACUCCAGCCCCAGCCCCACGGGAUGUGUUGCCACCGAUCAGAAUGGAGAGGACGACGAGGCAUCGGAGGCAGUGGGACCGAGCGCCAAGCCCCCUCCUGUACCCCCCCGGAGACGUGCUGCCAGCACAAAGCCAGGCGACAUACGACACUCGGGUGAAAUAGGCUCCUUAGGGAGAAGACUCAUCAGGGCCAACACUGGGGAGACUCAGGAUCCGUGGACAAUCAACUUGGUAGAUACACUUGGAGGCAGUAAUGAAAAACUUACAGCCUUCUGCUCGUCAAUAUCCAAACUGAGGUCUAAGUACCCCCACACUGACAGGACAAUGAACACGGGGGAGGUUUGGGGUCGUGUGUAUCCCCUGCACCCCUCAAUGUCCAAAAAUACCCCUCUGACUGUCUCAGUGUCCACCCCCUGGCUUCCCCAUCAGGUUCCUUUUCCCACCACUGUAAACAGGUCAGUGCAGGACCUCAUUCAGGAGAUCUUGCUCCUGAUUGGCGUACCCUCCACCAGCGAAUACCUUCUCAAGAUGUGUGAUUCCGAGGAGUUCCUCAGGAAUGAUGAAAUUUUAGGAGCCUAUGAAAACAUUCAGACCUACCUCAAAUUCAAAAUGGUCGCCCCUGUGAGGGUAGUGCCACUGAGCAACUUGGACAGCCUGUUGAGACGAGAUGAUGAGGAUGACUCGUGGCCAUUUACUUUGAAUCACUUCCUUGACUCUUGUGACAGAUUGAGCAUAUCAAGAGUGGAGCUGGAGGACAAACUGCAUGCCUACAGCAGGGAGGUGAACCAGCUGAUGAGGAGCCAGUGUGGAAGCAACAUCAACCAGAUUGUGGAGGGGGUUCGAGACAUCUGCAGUUCAGUGUGCGGUAUAUCAAUCCAAGAAGUUGAAGAUGGCAUUGGACAACUGAAUAGGAUCAAGCCCACAAUGCUGAAUCCUAUGGAAAUGUCCGACUGCCAGACAGCUGUUGUCAUUCUCCACCAGGCCCUGGUCAAGUUACUUCACAUGUUCUUUGACAACUUCAACUCUGACAUGCAAAUUCAGGACAUCUGCCAGAGUGCACCCUCCUAUGACAUGAAUCAGAACGAUGACAUCCUCCAGGUUGACCUAGUGGCACUCAACAAGCUGCAGAUCAGCUGGCUCAACCGUUUCGAUUACUUUUGCAUGUCCUGUGCAUUGACGUACGGCGAGAACAAGCUGUGUGAAGUCGGCUUCUCGGAACACAUCAGCACGGCCCGGGCUCUGGGCGACAAGAUCCAGUGCGGCAGAACGAUUGUUUUCCCAGUGCCGGUCAGAGAGCUGCCCUAUGAGUCCAUGCUGACAUUUCGGCUCCUGGGGUCAAAACAAGGCAAAAACGAUGAGUUGUUACGCUGGGCCGUCCUGCCCCUCUACACUAACAGGACUCUGGUUAGCGGUACCGUUCUGCUCAGCAUGUCUAACCUUGUCGAGUUGACGCACCCUCCGACACCUGCAGUAUCAGAUGGCCACAGACAGGCCACAGGGGUAAUUUUACAGGUGGAGUUUCCAAACACUUGUAGGUGGAAGUAUGAGAGACCGCAAGCACUCCCCUCCUCCAUCCCUUUCAUACCUCCAUCUGAGGAGCUACACAAAAAGCUCACAGGGGUUUCACAAAAAUGUUGUCUGUCUUUCCUUACCAAAAAUGAGAAAUCCUUCCUGUGGGGCAGAAGAUACUCUUGCAAUAAAGGAAACACCCAGCUGCACCUUCUCCUGGGCAGUGUCCCCGAGUGGAAACCCUCAGACCUGCCAGAAAUAUACAUGGUCCUGGAGACCUGGGGACUACAGAGACCAGAAGAGGCCCUCUUUCUUCUCAGUGACAGCUUCCAGGACCAGAAUGUUCGCAGGGUUGCCGUGCAGAGUUUGGAGCUGCUGUCGGAUACGGAUAUAGAGGAUUACCUGCCACAGUUGGUGCAGGCUCUGAAGAUGGAGUGGGAGCUGGACGGGCCCCUGGUUGUGUUUCUGUUGGACCGGUCCCUCUGUAACAUUCGUGUGGCUCAUCAGCUCUAUUGGCUGCUGAACGACGCCAUGGAGGACAUGCCCUACAGGAGCUGGUUUAGCAAGCUCCGGGCGGCCCUCCUGCACUGCUGUGGAGCAGCGCUGAGGCAGGAGCUGGGGCUGGAGGAGAACCUGAUCAACCUGCUGACCCGCGUGGCCGAGAGGGUCCGCCUGGCUGACAAGGCCAUGAGAAAGGAGGUGUUACAGAGAGAAAAACAGAAAAUUGCUGACUUCUUCAAGGAAGGGGUUGUGUGUCGUCUGCCUCUGGACCCUGCAGUACUUGUCAAGGGGGUGGACCUAGAUGCCUGUACAUUUUUCAGCUCCAAUGCUGCACCUCUGGCUGUGCCCUUCAUCAAUGCCGAUUGCCUCGGGAGGAAUGUCAACAUCAUCUGUAAGACGGGUGACAACCUGCGGCAAGAUAUGUUGGUGCUACAAGUGGUGCAUUUAAUGGACAGGGUUUGGCAGACGGAUGGACUGGACAUGCGCAUGGUCACGUACAGGUGUCUGUCCACCGGCGGAGACCAGGGGCUGGUGGAGGUGGUGACAGAGGCGGUAACCCUGGGUAAAAUCCAUCAGAAAUGGGGUGUGAGCGGGACACUUCGAGAGGACACUCUGGAAAAGUGGUUUCACAUGUGGAACCAAACGGAGGAGGACUACGAGGAGGCGGUGAUGAACUUCCUGCACUCCUGUGCUGGCUGGUGCGUGGCCACGUUCAUCCUGGGCAUCUGCGAUCGGCAUAACGACAACAUCAUGCUGAAGCACAGCGGUCACAUGUUUCACAUCGACUUCGGGAAGAUCAUGGGAAACGCACAGACGAUUGCCACCAUAAAAAGGGACAGAUCUCCCUUCAUCUACACGUCGGAGAUGCAGCACUUCAUCACGGGAGGGGGGCAGAUGGAGCACCGCUACCACCGGUUCGUGGAGCUCUGCUGCCAGGCCUACAACAGCGUCCGGAGACGCUCCGCCCUGGUGCUCAGCCUGCUGCAGCUGAUGCUGGGAGCUGGAAUGCCAGAGUUGAAGGACAAUCAGGAUCUAAAGUUUGUCUAUGAUAACCUGCGUCCCCAAGUCUCAGAAAUGGAGGCCACUGCUUACUUCACCAGCAAGAUCAAAGAGAGCUUGAGCAGCUUUCCGGUCAAGAUCAACUUCCUGUUUCACGCCAUGGCCCAGCCCUCAACCAAGCGCCCAGAGCCCCCCAAACAAGCCCAGAUCGGCGCACGAAACAGCAACAUCCAGGAAGUUGUUAUCCAGAAGCACAGCAUGAAAGGCAGAAACUUGGUGUUUGAAAUGAAGGUGACAAUUGAGGAUGGAUUUCUUCUCAGCGAUAAGACCUUCAGCCAGUUUGAGAUGAUUCACAAAGAACUCCAGAAACACUUCAUAGAGUCAGAUCUCCCCCAAUUCCCUGCCUGGUACCAGAUGUCUUUUAGUCCAGGCAGAAAAAUGUCCCUGCUGAAUAAAUACUUGAAAGAACUGUUUGAAGGACCAUGUAAAGGUAAUGAAUUUGUGUGCUCUCUGUUUCUGGAUGGUCCCGAGACAGUCAACUUAAUGAGAGCUUCCAUAAAAGACUCGCGCAACCCUCAGAUCCAGAUCUCCAUGUCCUACGCAGACAAGAAGCUGUUCAUACUGGUGAAGCAUCUCCAGAACAUCAGGCUGCCUAGCGGCACCUGUCCCGACGCCUACGUGGAGACGCGACUGUAUCCCGACCCAUACGGCCGCUCCAAAAAGAAGACCAAGGUCGUCCGCAGCGAGAACCCGUGCUUCAACGAACUGAUCGAGUACUCGAAUGUCCCUGCGCUCAUGGGCUGUGUUCUGGAGCUGACGGUGAAGAGCAAGAAGGUCUUCAUCGCAGCAACCAACGUGCAGCUGGACGGUGCGUGGAUGGGAUGUGAGGUCUGGAUUCCACUGGUGAACAGCGCCAUGUGACUGUGCGCCUAACAUGGACUGAGCCUUGCUUCAGAUAGCGACCGGGACAUCGACCAGCUUUCUGCCCAAGCAAACUCCAUUCUCAAAGACGUUUUAAGCCAUUGGACAACCUGUGUUUCCCCUGCUUCGCCACCUGGGGGAGCUGCAGAUUUUCGAAUGAAAUAGUUACAGAAAAAGUCAAGGGUGAAUGUUUACAGUCCUCUCUUCACCUAUUGGAUUUAUAUAUACCAUAGAUGAUAAGGAAAAUUACAUUAAAGUAUCGUUUUCAUAUAAAUGCUGUAUAAUGUGAAAUACUGAUUAUUGUAAAUAGCGUAUCAUACCGUCCAGGAAAAAAGAAUGGUAGAAAAACCCAUCUAAUUACAACCUUAAUUUAAUGGGAACAGUGUUUAAUUCCAAAGUACUUCCAAAGAGGCUGCAAACAAAUAAUAAUUGACUGUGAACGCUGGAGUCAAUCGGCUCGGCCAGUAUCGACGUCGACGGACACAGCUACCUCCGCGAGGAUGACAGCACUGCAGACUGCAGCGGCCUCCCUGUCUUUACCCGGGGCUCGGCUCUUCCGCUCGCCGGUUGGGAAACGAGGACUCGGUCAGUCAGUGUGACUGUGCCCCAGGACGGUGUGCUCGCCGUCCGUCUGUGGCCGACUGCGGGCGUUUUUCUCCGUCCCUGCUCUCCGGAGUCAUCUAUUACAGCGAUUUAGCGCUGACAAGCGGAGAGAUGAGUUCACACGGUCUGUCAUGCAAGCCUAAUGCAGCGUAACUUUGCAUUGAGCUACUGACCUAUGAAAUUUCCUCUAAAAUAAAAUGGAAGUAAUAAAUGGGAUUCCUCAAUAUGCAGCCCCAUAGUUCACAGUCCCCUGUGUAUACGGAUGUAUCUUGUUAACUAGAUUUUUUUAAAGCCGAAGAAGUAUGCGAAACGUAAUACUAUCUUAUUAUUCUCUGUAGCUCCAAUAUGACCAGACCUGUAUUACUGUCUGAGAUAAGUAGUAUCCUGUCUGUCACUCAAACAACAGCCUAGAUGGUAAACUUUAUGAUUGGAAUUAGUAUGGAGGAAAUACGUAUGUAUUUGAAGGGUGUUUCAGAAUUUAUUUUCUUUUCAACAAAGUUCAUUCAUAAGACCGA